AUGCAAUUGCCCUCCCUACUCUCCAUCGGGGCCCUCCUGGCCUCCCUAGCUGCCAGCAGCUCCCUCACAAUCACAAUUCCCUCCUCAAACAUCCUCCCCAACCCACAUGCUCUACCCGCAACCUCACAUGCAACCCUCACGACUCUACCCUCAUCCUCCAAGAACGACCACAUCCGAACCGCCUCGCUCACCCGCUCUUCGACCUUUACCUUCCGAGACCUCCCCGCAGGCACUUCGCCGGAGUCCUACCUGCUCGACAUCCGCGCCGCCGGCGAAUACACCUUCGCCCCGUACCGUGUCGACGUCGCCGCCGACGGCUCUAUCCUCGGCGUCUGGGAGACCUUCCGCGGGAAUCCCUGGGAUAAUCGGGGCACAGAGAAAUAUGUUCGCGAUGCUAGCACCGGUGCACAGGAGAAUGUUGUCGUUGAAGCAAAGGUGCUUGGCCGUAUAAGUUUCUACCAGGAGCGCUCGAAGUGUGAGUGGCCUCUUUUCCUCCUAGCCAGGACGCCAUUGCUCAUUUUUGGAUGCAUAGUCUCGCCGCUGAGCCUGUUCAAGAACCCUAUGAUCUUGAUGGCCGUCGUCGCGCUGGGUAUUACUUUUGGUAUGCCCAAGCUGAUGGAGAACAGUAUGUCCUGUCUUCUACUUUCCGUGUGUUGCGUCUCGUGUUUAACACCUCAUGCUUGCUUAGUGGACCCCGAAACGCGCGCCGAGUUCGAACAACACUCUCGCUCCUCCCCUCUCACCGGGGCUACGGGCAAUGCGAUGACCGGAGGCGGCUUCGAUCUAGCUGGAUGGAUGGCUGGGACCUCCCCUGGUCCCAUGGCGAAUGCGGAGGCGGCUCGUGGAGGUGCAACUGGCAGAGAGGCUGCUGGUUCUGCGCGGAAGCGGGGAUAG